AUGAAAGAUGUAUUGUAUCCACUUUGCACAAUAUGUGAAUCUCCCAUUUUGGGAAAAGAACAUGAGGGCCAUGAGGGAACAGAAGUAAAUGAUGAAGUGGAGAAUGCUCAACGUUUUCAAGAGGUUGAGAUGACAUCACAUAACGAAUGGUACAUAUAAAUAAAGGCCUGCAUGAAUUUUAACUUUACUUUUCCAUCAACUUUACAGAUACUAUAUCAAAAUACCUGAUACAACAUUUGUAACACUAUUUAUCUAUCGACUUAUACAAUCUAGCAUUGAAUAUUUUCCAGUCCAUGAGUCGUUUGUAUCUGUUGGGGGAAACACCUCGUUGUUUACAGAUGAUGAGGGUGAAACGUCAGAAGAAAACAAUUCUGAUGAGAAUAACAGGUAUGAUCCUGGUCUAAAAUUUGAGUCUUCAUUCUACCAAAAUACUUGAAAUUAUUUCAUGUCUCGUUUUGCAUACAUAUUCUAUUUCGUACUUACUUUAGAAGGGUCAAAAACGAUUUCUUUAUAAAUAUGGCAUGAUUAAAUAUUUUGCAGGCAACACGACAUUUCCUAUUCAGCCCUGCAAUAUUUGAAUGCUGACAGAGAUCCGGAAAGUGAUGAUUCAGAGAAAAACAGGUAUAUAUACCAUAUUAUAUGGUUACAAUACCAAAUUCUAUAUGGUAUUUUAAAUUAUAAUUCUCAAUAAUCAUAAAGGAUGCAUGUUGUGUUACCAUAAAUUCUAGUGGGUAUUAGCAUUAUUUAUGAUGUCUGUUUUAUACUUUUAUAGUCAGGAAGACAUUGAUUCGAUCGUCAAUAAUUCAACUGCUUAUUGUGAAGAUGAAAGUGAAGAUAGUUUAGAGGAAGAAAUGUAA